UUUUUUUUUUUUUUUGAUCGGAGUUUCUCUCCCGUUGUGUAUAUAUCUUUAUUGGAGUAAAAACUGGACCGGCAAAUAUGAAUUGACCCAAAUUUCAAGAAGUGACCUGAGCUUAAGCAAACUAUAGUGGACCAGACCCUAAUCUCUUUAAACCCCACAGACCAAACCAAAUUCAACAGUCAUCCAAUCAGCAACCCCUCUUCCCAACAACAAACGAAAAAACCAAAGCAGAACUCAAAAGAUGGGUCCGUACACGACGGUGAUGGGCGGCAUAACGGAGUACACGGGGCUAUCGCCGGCGGCGUUCUUCACGAUACUUGCGAUGAUGGCGGUGGUGUACAAACUGGUGUGCGGCAUGUUCGUGGCGGCCGGAGACUACGUGGCCGUCAAGAAGGCCAACGAGUACGCUUUGCGCGAACCCGUCCAAUUGGGAGAAAACGUGACUGAAGAGCAACUCAGAGCCUACGAUGGCUCUGAUCCUGAAAAGCCCUUGUUGAUGGCCAUCAAAGGACAGAUCUACGACGUUUCUCGCUCUAGGAUGUUCUAUGGUCCUGGUGGGCCAUAUGCCUUGUUUGCUGGUAGGGAUGCGAGCCGAGCUUUAGCUCUGAUGUCGUUUGAUCCUAAAGACCUUACCGGAAACAUUGAGGGUCUCUCUGCUUCUGAGCUUGAUGUCUUGCAGGACUGGGAAUAUAAAUUUAUGGAGAAAUAUGUCAAAGUCGGGCAGCUAGUAGGUGCAGAAAGAAACCAGAUUGAGACUGAGCCCACUGAAAAUGGUGAUAAAAUUCAGGAGGUUAAGCAUAUAGAAGAAAAUGAAACACAACAGUCACCGACUUCAGAGUGACAAUUUUCCAAGCCAGUUACUGAUGCAAAGCUGAAUCUGAAAACUUGAAGAAGCAUCUGAACUGGUUUGUAUUUCUAGCAAUGCGUGCCGUUGAUGUUUGUAGUGCCCCUAUAGUAAUAUGAACAGUGUUAGGAGAGAGAUUGUUUUAUGAAUGAAUGAGUGAGGGACGGUAGUUUGGUGUUAUUAUAAACACAUCAUAAAAUAAGAUUUGUGUAUUAGGGUAAAUUAUCACCCUAAAAACCUUUCCCUCUCUCUAAUAACAAACAGUAACACUUGAACUUUGGCUUGCUCGCUUGUUCGUAAAGUGAUGAUCGUAGAUAAGAAUGGUGCUGUACUUU